CGUAUUUGUAGUGCACGGUAUAAUUGCUCAUAUACCAUGAUGACUGAGCUAAUGAAAACUCUUGAAAUGAUAAGCGUUAUAUGAAACGUUUGCUAGCCUUCCUAAAGUGAUUCCAACUGGCAGUUUCUAACCCAAACUGAACGAUCGCAUUUGUGAUCUUUACUUAGAGGAACUUUCACAUGAAAACGAAAUUUACCAUUUUUGGGUAAGUAGGCCACAUUUUUUGUUCUGCGAUUGAACUGGAACAAGUUUGAUAGCAGCAACUAAUGUGGGAAUUUUUUUAAAUAAAACUGUUCGGCAAAAUACUUUUCUUUGUGAAUUAUAUUCCAACUCUAUCCUUCCUAUCCCGAUAACAUGUCUGAUAUAUGGUGCAUUACUAGAUUCUGACAACUAAAUGUGCGACAUUCACUGAGAAGAAUUUUGAUUAUCGUAACUCAAAUAUCGAAACGUUUAGGGUGUGGGACGAAGAAGGUUAAAAUACAUGAUGAUGUCCCACCGAAACUGAUCGUCGUUUGGUUUUUCUCUAGAAUGUUUCAUCCAGAUGCAUAGUGAUCCUUGGAAGCUGAAAUAUUUUGACUUCAGUGAUUUCAUUAGUUCAUCCAGAGCGGAAUUCAUUGGACGUCAAUGGUUAUACCGUGAAAUGGAAAGUGAAUUGCAUCAUAAUAACAAACUUGGUGUGUUAAUAACAGGAAAUCCAGGCUCAGGAAAGUCAGCUUUUCUGAGUAAUUUACUUUGUUCAAACACAUCCAGUCCAAUUAUUCAUAACAGAAUCCUCGGUUAUCAUUUCUGCAUGCAUUUCCACAAAUGGACAAGAAGUGGUGCCAAUUUUGUUGGAAACCUUGCAAAUAUGAUCGCCCUGCGUCUCAUUGAGUACCGUCAGGUCAUUUUGACCGAUCUGUCUGUCCGUGGAGUGCUGAAUAAGGAUUGUUCUCAAGACCCAGAGUGGUGUUUCGAGCAGGCAAUCCUGACACCUUUGAAAAAACUUAAACAACAGCCUAUCGAACCAUGGUAUAUUGUAAUUGAUGCGUUGGAUGAAUGCACGGAUGCUAAAGCAGAGAUUCUGAACAUACUUAAAACCAAAGCUCGACGAUUUCCUAGGUGGCUGAAACUAAUCGUCAGUUCACGUAAUGUCACCUCCAUCGUUGCAAGCAUGGAUGAGUUGCAACGACUAGAUCUGCGAUCCGACGAUAGAAGAAAUCUUGAAGACAUUGACACCUAUAUAUCUUUAAAGGUGUUUCCAUUGAAGGAAUCCAUAGUACAAAGGAUUAAGAUAGCCCUUGCAAUUACCGACAAUGAGGCACCAACACAGAACAUUGUUUCAAAUCUUGCCAAGAAAGGCCAAGGACACUUUCUGUUUGUUAAAGUAGUACUGGACUUGUGGCUUGCAGCAACAGAAAGUUUUACAUGGGAUACUUUUCCCAAGACCCUUCACAGUUCAUAUCAACUGUACUUUGAACGAAAGUAUGGCACACCAGAAUGUUUUCAGUCUCUGCGACAAAUUUUCGAGGUCUUAGCUGCAGCAUAUGUACCCCUUACCAUUCAUGAAAUGCACUCACUGCUCAGGCUUGACAAUCCAACUCUUGAUCUAGAGUACGAACUAAUGCCGAACCUUGACCGGGUGUCUUUGUUCUUGUGGCAUGGAUCAGGAGACGGCUUUAUUCGAAUUUAUCACGCCUCUUUGUCUGAGUGGCUAACCAGUAAAACCAACAAAGGAAAGUUCUAUUACAUUAAGAAACAAAACGGUCAUAACCGUCUUGCAAGGUACUAUCUUAAGAACGCUGUUAUAAGCAAUUCACCACUUAAACCAGACGAGGCUUUUCAUCUGGCAAGUCAUAUUGCUGAAGGGGGCCUGGACAAAUUUAUGGUUGAACAAUUUCUGUCGCUCCCCUCAAGCCGCAUCAACACCACUGACCCUGUGACCCGAGCAACGGCACUUCAUCACAGUUCAAGUUCAUUUAAUGCAGAUGUGACUUGGCUUAUGGUGCACCACUUUUCUGACGUUGACUGCUUAGAUAAACAUCACUGCACGCCUUCCUUUAUAGCGGCAAUUUCGGGGCGUUUAAAUAACUUGAAAUGCUUGAUUAGAAGAGGAGCUAACCUAAGUCACAGCAUUAAGUAUCUAGCUGCCGAAAUUUCUUCUAAUUCCGACGAUCCCGUCAGUGAAUGUAAAAGAAAGUUGUACGGGUACUCACUACUACACGCAGCCGCUCAAGAAGGUAACACUGACGUUGUAAAAUUUCUUAUUGGUCACAAAUUGAAUAUCACGAGGACAACAGGAGUUAACAACACUGCAUUGCAGUUAGCAGCAACAAAUGGGUACCUUCAGACCGUCCAGGCUCUCAAGGAAGCUGGCGGGGCUCUGGAUGGUGUCUCACUACAUCAUGCGGCCGCUAGGGGUCACAACAGUGUGGUACAGUAUCUACUGAGAGAAGGAAUACAAGACGAUUGUGUCCACGAUAUUCCUUCCACGAUGUUUUCUGAUCAAGAGGACAGCGAAUUGAAAGCAUCCAAAAUACAUGAAUGUGACAAUCGUCACCUUUACUUACGUGAAACAGCUCUUCAUGUGGCAGUCAGGGGAGGUCAUCUUUCUGUAAUUGAGUCAUUGCUGAAUGAAAACCAAAGUGCUAUUAACUGCACAAAUUCUGCGGGUAGACGCCCACUUCACGAAGCUGUGCAGACAAACAAUUAGAACACACUGGAA